UCGUCAGUUCCCUCCAAUCGUCGGCCCGCAGAGUCACGGGGUGCUCGCCGCCUCGGCCCUGCAGCGCACGCCGUCGCGUCUCCGCGACUUUAAUAACUUCAAUAAGUCUUACGUUUAACUCAACACGCCACUGACACGACAUUACAAUAAUAAUAUAUUAUGUGAUAACGUAUUAUUAUGACCGUUUCUUGGGACAUUAAUUAUUAUCGUCGUAAUGACGUACACAAUCUAAUAUAAUAUAAUAUGAUUAUUUGAAUAAUAAUUAUUAUUACUGAUAUUAUUGUUAUUAAAUCGUAACACGCGCGAUCAAUUAUUAAAAAGAUCUUUUUUCCCCCAUCAAAAUGUAACGACUCGACACAAUAUACCUGAUUUUCCCGCGGAAAGCGGCGUGGCAAUGAUGACCGAGCUGGCGGACGACAGCGUCGAGGGAUCGCGCGACGAGCUCGACUUCGAUGAUGGAUCGCACGCCGGUCGCGGUUAAAAUUCACGCAUCGACGAGUACACGCCGAAAUAAGACGAUAUAUCGCCAUCACGCACGCUGAUACGUUUAGCUGUGCAAUAUUCAUUAUAUUAUGACUACGUACGUGACGAUGGCCUGCUGCACCGUGGCACUGAUCGCGUCCCUAUCGCUCGACAACGGCGUCCGGAGUUUGGGGUUGGCGUCCGCCGGCAGAGAGGGACAGCCACCGAUGCCGUUACGGUUUUCGUCGGCCACGCAGGAUCGCAAACCUUAUCCGGAGGAUAGUCCGUCGGAACCGACUUAUGACUCCAUGGGUGACGACGAUGACGACGGUGACGGAGACGACGACGACGACGACGACGACGACAACGAUGACGACCCGGCUAAUACAGAAGACGACAGCAGUAAAGAGGAACGCGAAGAUCAGCUGGACCAGGACGAUCCAGUGAGCACGGUAACGGUGACUGCGGUUCGUGGUUCUGUGGCUUGGCUGCCGUGUGACAUAGGCGGUGGUAAUAACGAUGGUUUGCCAAAACAACCAGUAAGAGUCGCAUCGACCGGAGGUGGAGAGGGAAAUACUAAGGACUUGUCCAACACGAUCGAAGACCGAGCGUACAUGGUGCUGUGGUUCAAACACCAUUCGACGACAAUCCGUCACCGGAAUAGUAAAUCAAAAAAUAAAAAAAUAUGGUCCGGAGGAAAACCUCUCUACAGUUUCGACGUGCGUGGAAGACCGUUAGCUCACGCGUUGAAAUGGUCUUCGGACGAGGAGAGCGGAGGGUUCGGGCCCAGGGCGUCGUUUGUGGUGUUCGGCGGCAGUAGCGGCGGCGGUGGCGGCAGUGGACGAGGAAAAUGGUCGAAACAGCGUACUUUGCUGUUGGAUGAUUACAACGGUGGCCUGUACGACAACAGUAGCAAAGCAGCGCUCAAAGUCACCAACGUGACAGAACAGGACGCCGGGGCUUACAGGUGCCGAGUAGAUUUCCGCGAUUCACCUACCCGGAAUUAUCGAAUAAUCCUGAGAGUCAUAGUGCCACCUGACAAAAUGACAAUCGCUUAUAACGGAAUAGGAACGGAAAUGGACGGCGGAUCGCAUCACACCAUCGGUCCAGUGCCGGAAGGCGGGCGAUUGGUAUUGGAGUGCCGAGUUCAGGGAGGGAAACCCAAGCCACGGGUGCAAUGGUAUUCCGCGGACGGCAAAGUCACCUCUUCGCUCGGUACUGGAACAAUCGUGGACCUGACAGAGGAAGUAUCUUACGGAAACGAAAACGACGACGAAGAAACAACAACCAAAAGUCUUGUAAUUCAUCAAUUGAAUCGAAGUCAUGCUAAUAGUACAUACACGUGUCUGGCUGGAAAUGACGACAACACCAUGCAAUCAAAUCUCCGAAUGACAGUGCUGAUAAACAUGUACCUGAAUGUGAAAAGUGUACGUAUUGUCGGCAUACAUCCAAUAGACGAAUCAGAGAACACGGUUAAUUAUAACGAAGACAGUAAUAAUGACGGAGUUGUACAAGCAACAAAUCUUAUAUCUGGUAAGUGGUAUACGGGUGAAUGCUGGGCCGAGGGUGCAAGUCCUAAGGCUACUAUAGAAUGGUCUGUUGACGGAAACGGCACCUUAGCUGACGAAAUACCUUCAUCUCCAACCACGGCUCGCAUAACAGUAAUGGAACAAACCGAACAUAGCAGUAGGAUACGAUUGAGGCCUACGCCGAGUGACGAUGGUCGAUAUUUACGAUGCCGAGCUUGGAACCCUGAUAUUAAUACCACGAAAGAUAAUAUUAAAAAUAAAGCUUUAUUACUUAACGUCCAAUAUCCGCCUAUAGUUAAAUUGAGUUUGGGCCACACGUUCGAUCCGAGUAGAAUCAAAACGGGAGACGACGUGUAUUUCGAAUGCAAGGUGUUGGACGGUAGCGGGAGCAGAGGGAAACAACGUAAUCGCAUUGAAUGGUAUCACAACGGUCACCCGAUCUUGCAAAACGGCAGUAGCAACGGUAGCGUCAGCAUCGACUCGGAAAUCAAAGUCGUUCUUUUGAGCGCCGGCACUUUGGUCAUAAGGAACGUGGGCCGCCGACAUUCCGGUCGGUACACGUGUCAGUGUAAUAACGACCUGGGAAUGGGACGGUCACGACCGGUCACCCUCCGUGUCCAAUACGCUCCCGUUUGCGCGGACGACGGCAAUCAACUGCAAUUGGUGGGCGUGGAAGCCAACGAAAACCACGUCCGCAUCGUGUGCCGUGUAAGAGCAGACCCGGCCGACGACCGUGUGCAAUUCGAGUGGCUCGUGUGGCCGGGCGCUGCGGCCGCGGCCACCGGUGAGCUGCACCAGCAACAAUCACCGAGCGUGGUGGCCACCGGCAGCUACGUCACCACCGCGCUGCCCAACCAGCGGAACGACACGGCCGUCGGCGAGCUUGUACUUCCGGCCACGACCGUCGGUGUUCCGGACGUGGUCCAGUACGUGGACAGAGCGCCGCACGUCAAGAAACCCAUCGUGCUAGACACGGUCAGCUGUCGGGCCACCAACGCCGUCGGCCGUCAGCAGAACCCUUGUUUGUAUCACAUAAUACCGGCAUCUCCUCCGGGUCCGUUGACUGGCUGCGCGAUUCGAUUGCCCAAAGAUCAAGAACGCCACGCCGGCACCGGAAGUAGACAUCACCGUUACCACCAUCAACAACAUCAUCAUCAGCGACGCACUUCACCCGUCCACGACGGCGUGGAAGACAAAGACUUUGCAACAAUAAGUUGUACUUUAGACAACGACGGCGGAGUUAGGCCGGUGACUUACUCGUUGGAGAUUUACGAGAGCAACGAUUUGACCACGACGUUUCACGGAUCAUCCUACGCGACGGCGGACGACAACGACGACGACGUUCGACGCAAUAAUAAAUAUCGAGGCGAAUGGCUCGCGGACAACGUGACGGGCACCGCGGCCGCGUCGAUGGCGGGCGGCGGUUCGAUCGAGUACCGCGUGAACCGCAAGAACCUGCGGCUGAGAAACGGCCCGGACGACAGUCGAAAACAUUUGACCCUGUCGGCGUACGCGGCCAACCGCAUGGGCCGUGGCCCGCACACGUAUUUCGGUAGCGACAACGUGAUGUUGUUGAGGCACCCGUGGUGGUGGCGCGGCGAGUCGGCAUACGAGAGCAGUACGAGGGCCGCCGGUCCGGCCGGCACAUCGUCCACCGAAUGGUGGAUAAUGUUGAGCGGCGGUGGCGACGACGACGACGACGACGGCGAUCGACGGAGCAAUGCGUCGAAUGGCCGCGGCAAAAACACCACAGCGACCAGCGUGAUAGUGUUCGCUUCGGUAGCGGCCACGUCAGCGAUAGUCAUCGCGGCGGCGUUUCUGUUGUGGAGACGGCGUCGGGACGGCGGGAGAUCGCCGGCGAUGGCGGAAACCGCAGCGAUAGCGUCCAACGAACGGGCGACGUGCGGCGGCGGUGACAAGACCGGUGAAAAAUAUUCGCUGCUAUCACGGCGAACGCAGCAGCAGCAGCAGCAGCAGCAGCAACAGCAUCAGCGAAACGUCUACCCGAGUCUUACCGGGUCGGACCGGGAUCGCGAUCCCGCGGAUCCCGGCGAUCCAGCGCCCGACAUAAUGAUCCAACAAAACUACGGCAAACAGUUUCUGGUGUCGAUCGUGAACCGUGGCAUUCCCGGCCCCGAGAGUUGCGUAUAAACGACAGCCUGUUCAAUAUAUCAUAAUAUUAAUAAGUAUACCUAUCAUUAUAUUAUAUACCGCCCAUAUAACCUUGUUACCUUGUUCACUAUAGUAUACGCACAUUAUAAUAUAUUUUAUAUAAUAUUAUGUACGCAGUAAUAAUAAUAGUAAUAUUUAUUAUUAUUAUUAUUAUUAUUAUUAGCCUAUGGUAAUAACAUUGUGUGUGUACACUAUAAUAAUAAUAUUAUCGUAAUACUGUGGAUGUAUAUACGCUAAACACACAUUUGUUUCGCCCAAUCGCCGAAUCCGGUCCGAGCCGAAAACAGCGGAUCACAUAUUAUUAUAGGUAUACCGUCGAUCAUUUCAACCCACUAGUGAAACAAUACACAAUAUUAUAAUAGUUGAAUGUUAAAAAAAAAACUACGAUCGUCGUUCGUCAGGAAUGCCUGCUAUAUAGUAUACAUAGGUACAAGACCGACGAUUUGUCGGACGUUUGCCUCUUCCUUUUCGAGCUCUCUAAUCAUUUUUCGAGUUUUUUUUUACAAUAACAAUAAUAUAUAUACGCAUAUUAUAGUAAUCCAAGGAUUAUAUUCAAUUAGUUUUUAUUCUAGUGGAAACAUAAAAAUUAAUAACCGUCAUUUAAUUAAAUUUACUAUAACGUAAUACAGUGAAUCCUCGAUAACUCGAACAUCUAUACAAGGCGAAUUUUCAAUAACUCGAAGGAAUAUCUUCGCCCCUGCAUUUCAAUAAGUACGCACAAUUUUUCUAUAACUCGAAUUUUUUUUUAGCGUCCAACCGAUUUGCGUUGUCGAGGUUUCACUGUAGUAUAAUUGUUAUCAUAUAACCAUUAUGUAGGCAUUAACCAUUCAUUAAAAUAUAAAUAAACAAUAACAAUAAUGUAUUAAUCAAUAAUAAAAAAAAACAAUAGCCAAUAGGUAAUAUGUUGUCAAAUAUUCCUGAAAUGGCUGGUAUAAGUAGAAUAUUUUCUAUAAUAAUUCUAACCAAUUAACACAUUGAAACUUCAUAUAACCAAGUGCAAUUUGGGAGGCUCUGCGCCCUCUUCGCACACAACAAAGUCCUCCAAGUAUUAUAAAAAAACCAAUUGAUUAGCAAAUAAUAAUUUUUUCAAUAUUAAUUUAUAUCAUGCAUUUUUUUUUGUCAACAUUACUAAAAACUUACCAACUGCAACCACUGCUCCUAAUAAAUGAAAUAUAAUAUAUUGUAGUUAUCUAUUUUCUAUUAAUUAUAUUGUCCAUUUAAAAUGUUUAAUAAUAUGACGUAUCAUCUGUUGACGGUUAUAUUUCUUUUUGAUUUUAGCAAGAACUAUUAUCGUUUCUCGUUAAGGGGAUUGAAGGCGGUGAUUUGAUAAGGGCGUAUAGGCAAUUCGAUGUCUUAUACACGUUACGCAGUGUGGUUGUGUGCUAAGUAAAUGAUCAUUAAUGUACGUAGAUACGUUUGGAAUCCACCGUGUGCCACUCUCGCACGUACACGCACAUGUCAAUAAAUCAAGAACAACGAAAUAUAUAUGCAUCACCUAUAAAAACUACCAAAAGCGGUAGUAAAUUAAACAUACUUCCUGAAGUUUGAUUGUAAUUUCGAAAGAAGGGUUGAACUCGUAUGCUCCUAGACUAUGCUUUUUAGGAACCACUUUUUUGAUAUAAAGCCCAAUAUAAAUACAAAUGUAAUGCAAUUGAUUCAUGAGAUUUUUUAAAAAAAAUUUUAUAGUUCUUUAAAAUUAAAAAUUGUAAAUCGAUUUCCUAAAAAGCCUAGUUAUUUUGCCAAUAAAUUCAUGCAUAAUAUAUUAAAAAUUAAAAUCGGACAUUCAGAAGUAGUAUGUGUAAUUUACCAUCGCUUACCUAUUGGUCUAAAACGUACGAAAAAUAUGAGACAUGCAAUCCCCUUAAUUAUUUGCAAUCGUAACUUAUUAGGGUAUACCCCUAACCCCUCAAGUUAGGUUUGAGUAAUGAUGACAAUGUAUCAAUGAAAUGUGAUGUAAACAUCUUGCGAUAAAUUAAAAAAAUCUAUUAAAAGUAAGCUGAAGACGAGUGUAGAAACUUUCACGUUUCAUAAAUUUGUUCAACCCCCAAGAAAAUUGCGCAAUUUAUCUACUAUACUUUUCGUAAUAAAAUAACAAUUUAUUAUUGUGGUUACCAAUUCUUCCCAUGUCUAUUAAACAUUGGAAAUUAGUCAUAUUGUUAUUUUUUUUUAACAAAUAUUGUUAAAACGUUUUAUUUGUAAACUUUAUAGUAAGUAAUUAGUUUUACUAUAGAUAAAUAUAAUAUAUUAAGUAAUAUUAUACAAAAAUAUUAUGUGUGUGUGUGUCCAUGUUAAAAUAUUGAAUGUUAAAUUUGUAAUAUUGAGUGUUCCACAGUUAUUUUAUUAAUUUUAUUUCAAUCAUAGUGAAUUAAAUUCAUUUUUAAUAGACCAGUACUAAAAAAAUUGUAUAUAUUUAAAUCGGUUAUUGCUCUUUAUGUUAUAUAAUAUAUCAAUAUAAUGUCUGACAAAAUUCAAGUAGUUAAUUAAAUCAGUCAAUUGGUCAAUUUUAAUUGAUUUAAAGUUAAGUAUUAAAUAAAUAAAAAUAAAAAAUAAACUUACACCAGAUAGUAAAUAGAAUUUUUGCAUAUUUCGGAAUAUUGUUUUUAGCUAUACCAACCAACUAAUAAAAAUUUAAAAAUAUUGAUAUGUCCCCUACUUCAUAAUCAAAUAUAUAUAAAUCUAUUAUAUUAAGAAUCUUAAGUUAAACAAUUUGUUGUUAUACUAAUAUUCUAUAGUAUACUAACUAUACAUACCAGUUCACUGUUAAGGUCUUUAAAAUAGAUAUUUCUUUUAAAAAUCGUAUGUAAGAAAUAGAAAAAUGUAUUUAAGUCUAUAAACAGUACUAUACAGUAUUAUAUUAAAUUCUAAAACUAUAAUGAAACAUCACUUACAACGUGUUUCAGAAUGAUAAUGUCCCAUGUAUAUGUAGGUACCUAUACACGAUGUGCAGCUAUACUUAUGAAACAGAUAUUAAAAGCAUUUUACUACCUAUCAUAAUUUCUUAAUAUUUGCAAACAAUUUUCGAAAAUUCUAUUUGUACGUAAGCUGCUAAAAGUGUGUACAACUCCAAUACAUAUACGACGUGUGCAUACGACAUACGAAUAUACGAUUGUGUAAAAAAUGUUAAUACUUUGACAUAGGUCCUACUAUAUUAUAUUGAACAGCGACUUAUAUUGCGAAACAUAAUGUUGGCUAAUAUUGUAAUUAUUUAGACAUAGUUUAUUAAUAUUGAUGCGUUAAGGUUAUUGUUACACAAUUAUACUAUACUACUAGAGAUAACGACAUUUUUAUGUAUACCGAAACCGUAGUGUUAGUAAACUGUAUUAAAUCAUAAUAUUAUUAUUUAUUAAAACAAUAUUAUAACUAAUAAAA